GUAAUCUAUAUGAUCUGAUGUGUUGACCUUGAAAUUUGUCCUGCAUACGAUUUUAUUUUGAAAGCAAUGUGAAAAUUUACAACCUCACAAAAUCCAAAGUUUUCCGAUCAUUGUUUACAUAAUUUUCUCAUGCGUCCAAGAUGAAUACGCUGCGUGCCACGACGAGAAACCUGCACAUCCUGCACGCUCGUAACGCCUGCGCCCCUUGCGCCAAUCAACUUCUAACCUCAACCACGCAACCAGAACACCAUCGAAAUUUCGACAAAUACACAUCACAAAUAGCGAAAUUCAAUGUGACCCAACGAAGAUAUUGUAGUAAUCAAAGCGAUGAUGGCAAUCGCAGUGGUCCACCCGCCGUGAAACUGCCCGCACUCAUGCAGUUUCCUGAAAUAGUUUGGCCUUCACUGAUAAAAUCAAUCAGGAAUUUCAUUCUUGCGACGUUUAUUGUCCGUCCCUACCUUGAUAGAGACUUCAAUCUGCCGGAUUUCGUCGGCGGGGCGAAACAUGCUUUGGAAGUUGUUUCUAGUCGAUUGUCUCAAGGUGACACUAAAGGACUUGAAGGUUUGGUGGAAGGUGAUGUUAUUCCCAAACUGGCAAACUCGAUUUCUCUCAUGUCCAUGAUGCAGAGGGAACUUAUUGCUAUUAAUAAAGAAGAUAUUUAUUUUUCUUUUCCAUACCAGAUUGGGAUAAUGUUCAACGAUGACGAUGAAGGCGAUGAUCAAAAACGUUUCGUUGAGAUAACAAUGGUGUUCCACACACUGCGUGGACUUGCGCAGAUGCGAGCACGUGGUGAAGAGCCGCCAUUAAACAUGGGAAUGUUGCCUGAGUACCAGAAACGUAUCUCCAUCUGUAAUUAUCGCUUCAUUCGUGAGUACACCAAGGGUGUGGAAGGCGAGUGGACUAUCAACUUGCUGAACCACUUCCGGCCUACCGAUUCGUUUCCGGAGAAUGACUGAUUUGCUUAAUUUCAUACAAAUGUUAUAAAAGUUCGUACAAGUUGUGUACACUUUGUGAAAAAUGUUUGAAAGAAGAAUUAUUUGUAUAAGAAUCUAUUAGUUUUGUUUUGAAAGCAAUAAUAAUUAAAAUUGCUGGUUUAAGAGUAAAA